AAACUGAAAGUAGAGAAUAUUUUGUAAUUGAGACAUGCCGUGUACCAUGAAUUCAUGCGUUAGACUAUGAUAUCAAGUUGACAUGUGACAUAAACAAGCUUAAUAAAGCAGACAUUUCACAUGAAGAAUCACAAGUACAGAUAGAGACCUGUGGUGUACUGUUUAGAAAAUAGAGAAAGCAUUCUACAAUGAAUGCCAUUAUAUCGCUGUGUCACUUCUGUGAACUACAUGGUCCACAAGUUCUGUUUUGUACCCAGCCAAACCAUCCCCAGGAGUUGGGGAGUGGGGACAGUGUUGUAGGUGUGGCUGAGGAACACUACAACACCAUGCAGCUACUACUGUCUCGUACACAGGGAGAAGGUGGAGCACAGGGGCUCAAGUCACCUGUCACUGAACCCAGUACACCUACUCCUUCAUUUGCCAACCACUGUGAGGGUUGUUAUUCUGUAAAGCCUGGUUUUGUGAGUCACGAUGAUGAUGUAAAGGUCAGCUAUGUAAGCAGUCGACAGCCUCACAACCGAGAGGUGUUCAGCAUGAUCCGACAAGCCUGUUUACGAAGCCUUAGUGGUGAGGUUUGUCCAGGCACUGAAGGACCUAUAUUUUUUGGGAAUGACCAACAAGGGCAUGUGAUAUCCUACUCCUUCCACAUAAGAGACUUCCAGGCUCGAGGGUUUCAGAGACGAUACAGCAUAAUUAUUGUUAUGAUGGAUAAAAUUUAUUUAUUGAAUUCCUGGCCAUUUCUGGUGAAAAAUCUCAAAAUAGUAGUUGAACACUUACAAGAGAAAGCUCAGAAAGUUUAUGAUGUUGAGCAAGCUAAAAGUCCCAAAGAACCUAACAAACUUGUGUCAUUUCAUAUAAAUCCGAAACCAGCUCGUUCACUUAUGGAGUUAACAGAAGACAGAAACAUUUUCAAGAUUCUCCAUGUUUCAUUUGUGUGGAUACUUAAGGCAUGUGGGAAUCGUAUCACAGAAUCACUUCUAGAGGGGCCUCCAACAGAGGACUCCAUUAUAGACAUGGAGAAACAAGAAGAGACUGAAGAAGGCUUCAUCAAAUUGUUUAAGAAGAGUGAUACAGAGGAGGAUGAAGAAGAGGAGAAGGUGACAGAGAAAGAGGAAGAAGAAGAACAGGAAGAAUCAUCAUCAGUGUCUGCUGUACAGAACAUCAGAUAUCUACUGAGGAGUCUUGGGGCGAAGAAGUUCCAUAUCCUAGCCCACCAUGCUGUUAUUGGUAAUCAAGUUAUUGUCAGAGGUGCUUUAAAAUCAGCUGUAAAAUCGGUGUUAAGUGCUCUGAAGUGUAUUGUACCCAAGGGAUGCUGCCGAGUUGUGUCAUACAGUCAGGAUUACGAAGCCUCCUGGAAAUGUAACUUCCUUGGCCUGGCUCCAGAUGUUCAUAUUCCGAACCACAUCAUGGCCACUGAGAUGUUUGUAUUGGUGGAGGUUAUCUCCCCUGUUGGCGAUAACACUGACCCCUCCACUACAUGUGCCAUAGACCUUGAUCAGCUUAGAGAAUGUGAUUUUAGCCUGGCCAGUCCAACCUCACUACCAGAGAAAGGACCUACUGUUUUAACAAAAAUGGAGAUGGCAUUGAAAAAUGAAAACCUCACAAAUGAAGUACUAGAACAGUAUCUUAUAUGUCUCAAAGAGGAAUGGAUGAAUAAAGUGAAAGUUCUGUUCAAGUUUACAAAAGCUGGUGGCAGCAGAUCUGAAGAGGAUACAAAGAAACUUUUACAAGUUGUUGGUGCUCAGGAGGAGGACAAACAACUACUGAAAUUCUGGAUGACAGGACUUAGCUGUCACUACAAAACUCAUAUUCUUUCUACUACCAAAUCUCACCACUGAAGACAGAGAACAAAAAACUACACCGUGGGUACUCCAGUUCUGGAUGGCGGGAAGUAACUGUCACUACAACACUCAUAUACUGUCUACUGCAAAAUCUCAGCGUUGGAUAAGAAAUAAUGCAAAAGUUAACUGAAAAGAUAUUGUAUACUGUUCAUUGCUUAUUGUUUUAUAAAUUCUUUACAUGCUACAAGGUACCAGUACAGUGUUAUUCUAGCACUGAAA